AUGCCACUGGAAGACUUAUCUCCCAACAAGCGAGAAGGCAGCAGGUAUGGAGACUCAAAACAUGGGAAUAUGCCGGGAGCCACCUCCACCACGUCUUUAGGCUCGAGUGCUGUACAGAGUAUGCUUAGGAACACCACAGAACUUGGUGAUACUGGACCCUUUGCUGUUCGCCCGUCUCGAAUCCCUCGCUCAGGCUCUCGUCUUCAGUCCACCAGGCAACGUUCAGGCUCUUUUGACGCUUCAUUUGCAUCCCAACUUCGCCACCAAAGAUCUCCAUGCUCGAGACGUCUCCAUCGCCAUCAUGGCCCACGGUCAACCGUUUCUCUCUCUGGCUUUUCAGGCCGUGAAACCAUUCGUUCUAACCCUGCUUCCUUCCAUACAGCUGUUCGAUCAAGGCGUCCGGGGCCCCGUCACAGAUCUCAGGCUCUCGUUGGCUUGGCUAGUCCUGCCGUUGGUCCGCAAAACCUGCACUCUCAUCGAUCUCUUAUGACGCUCCGCAGCCAUCGGGAUUUCCACAGCCUCUACUCGGGGUCACCCAUGGUAUAUGCAGCUCAUGGGAGAAGACAUGGACCUCGGAACACCUCUCAGGCGUUUAGUGAGGCUCACUCUUACGGGCAUGGGUUGAGAUAUGGUUAUCCAAGGGUUGGUUCUGCUCUCACUGUGGCGUCAUCUCCUGCCUCGAUGUAUCCAGGGCAGCCCGGUUUACGUGGGUAUCGUCCCGAUACCAAUAAUUCUAUUUCUUCGUUUAUCCACUUGCCUUCUCCAGCAGUCUCAUCGACGAAUGUUGCUGGUGUGAAUGGCUAUCCUGCAAAUAGAACGAUGACGCCCUUGUCCAACCCAUUGCAGAAUGUCCGUGGAGCGUGGAACCACAGCGCCGCCUCGUUAAGAGGUUUACCUCAAUCGCCUACAGGCUCAAGUGGCCCCCGCUACUAUGACUAUUCGGAAUCGUUCCUAGAAGAAGACUGCUUCUCGCCUCCUGGAGACGGAUCACAGAAAAACGCCCCCUUUAACAUGGACCAGGCUCUUCUAGGAGAUGAACCUCCACCAGAAAGACGUCAAGCUCAGUCACCAUUCGGCACACUUCCGGGCUCGAGCUUCAAACCGUCCGAGCUACCAACCGAACACAAUCGCCGAGCAAGUGAACACAGCUACGCUGGGGUGAUACCCCGUCGUAUUUCGAGCUUAGCUGCAACUCAAACUCGUGCACAAAGCGUGAAAAAUACUUCCAAGGUUAGCAUCCCUGAUCCGUUCCUUCACGCCAACUAUAAUGAAUAUCUAAAAGAAGAUAAAGACGGCCCUCGAACGUCUUCUGCUUCUCGCCGAACUUGUGGUUCUGCCCGCUCCAGCGCGUUCUUCGUCAAUGCUAGUCGAAGUCCUCGUGACCUCACUACCCUUGCUGCCCGAGUUCAUUCACCUAUCUUUGACCAGCGAAAUUAUGCUGCUUCAAUCUCUGGCCUCCUGGACCAUGAUGACAGCCAUGAUCUUGGUAGGAAUGAAAAGCGGAAUGAUGAAGACCGACUAUCGGAAUGGACAUUGCCCUCUCUUUUUUUCAGACCCUUCUCAAUGUCAUCCUAUCAGACGAAGCUGGAAAAUCGACCGAAGACUUCGGGUGACGUCCCUGCUGGGGAAGCAGUUGAAAUUCUGUCCCCAAUGCCAGAAAGGCCUAUGUCAUCACAAAGCAGAAAGCGAUUUAGUCGCAUACUGGAUAUUGAUGAUGAUAACAACUCUAUCGAAGCGAAGAUGACCCACCAGUCGCUCCCUGGCCAGACUUUCAGAAGACUAACCGUCGUGGAAGAGCAAUUGGAUCAGGGACCGGUUGCAAGAGAGGGCGCAGACAACAUUGUUGAACGAGCACCCGAGCGGAGACCAAGCGGUGAAGAUUGCCAAUGUGAAAUUGAAGCUGUGACAAAGUCUUUCUCAACAGCAGCACAUGAGACAAGCAAGAUAACUAUUCAUGACAAAUCAACAGUGGAAUCACUCCUCGAUAGACAUAUCGAGUGCUUAGGUCUUCAUGAUGGAGACGGUCACCUUGGAUUCGACGAUAUAUCGGGCUAUUCCAACAAGGCAUCUCGCGAAUCCAAUGCUGAGAGCACUAUCAGAUUAAGUUCAGUUGAACAGCCGGUCGUGUUUCAAGCACGGUUGCGGCCCGCAACAUCGAGUUCGCACCAGCAUACCAGUCUUGCUAGUUCUGAAAGACGAAAAUUGAUGCCACGACGACUGUUUGCAAGUAUGGAUGCAAGAUUACCAGCAGGUGCUCUUAUCGGUAGCCUUUCGAGCUCUGUGUCUCAGAUGUCUUCGACAACAUCCAGACACCACCUACGUUCCUCCGGUUGGCAGACCCUGCAGUCAACAAUUGAGUCUACUGCAGGUAUGGUGGCUAGAAAUGCUUCAUUGACCUCUGGAGACCUAGGUGAUGUUGAUUCAAACCUAUCAGCCAAAACGUUCAAAGUCAAACAACGAUCCGAAUUAAUCAUCAGCCCGUCUUUGCCUAGUGAACUUUCUAGGGUUCCAGAGAUUGACUCUGAGCCUGGAUACAAAGAUGCCUCUCACCGAAGAUCCAAGAGUGAUAUACUCGCUAGGCAAGCUUCCCAUCAGAGAAGACGUAUGCGGAUAUUGCUGAAAUCUCAACGGAAACUGGCGAUCACCAAUCAACCCUCACCCACCGGGGAAACGCCACAGGUAUCAGAAGUUAUUCCUGAUGAAGCUGGUUUAGACGAGAGCUGGACAACGGAGGAUUCGCAUGGUGAAGCAUACAUCACCUCUCCUGUCCUCGGAUAUGUCGAACUGAGUGCCGAUUUGAUCACUACACCACUUACGACAGACAAAACACUGCCCAGUGUACUGCUAUCAAGAUCCGCACCAAAAAGUUGGGCCAGCGUAAUUGCUGCUAUGCCAGAACCCGUCAAGAAAGGUAUCAACCUGGUUCGGAAAGCUUCAGCUCGGACUGUCCGCUCGCAUAGAAGCAAUACCAGUAUCAUUGAGCCCAUUAACAGUACUCGACAGGGCUCCUUGUUGCCUCAUCUAGGAUCGGUGCCUCAGUUGGCACCCCCUGAGUUUGGACCUCCUCUGACAUCUUCAGAUCUCAACCUUUCUCUACGGUUUCCUCGGACUCUUGCUCCAAAUCGCCCACCUUUACGCGAGGCACAAAGUUUCUUCUCUGAUGAUAGCUCUGCCCAUCAGCAAAGAAGUGCGGUCAAGAAACGAUUUGAUGUUCAUAGUCUUCGGAGUGGUGUCACCAGAUCAUCGGGUAUGUUAGGCCUCCGUCACCAGCAACAGCUACGUCAGCAUGGAGAAGGCCUGAGACCUAGUCGUUCAUGGCAAAUGAAAGGUCAGAAAUCAUUUGAGUACCCACAAUCCUCGGGUGGAGAUACCAUUGCAAUGUCCGACUUUCAAUAUAGGAAAAGGAAGAUGCUUGAGAGAUUGAAGGACUGGUGGAAGCGGCAGUGUAUGCAGAGAACGCUUGCUCUUGUGAAGAAAAAGCAUGGGAAAAUUAAUCGCCCUGGUAAUUAUAUGUGA